CAAGGGGUAACAAGGGUAACAAGGGGUAACAGGGGUAACAAGGGUAACAAGGGUAACAAGGGUAACAAAAGGGUAACAAAGGGGGGGUAACAAAGGGUAACAAGGGGUAAGGGGUAACAAGGGUAACAAGGGUAACAAAGGGUAAAGGGUAACAAGGGUAACAGGGGUAACAAGGGUAACAAGGGGUAACAAAAGAAGGGUAACAAAGGGGUAACAAGGGGUAACAAGGGGGUAACAAGGGGUAACAAACAACAAGGGUAACAAGGGGUAACAAGGGUAACAAGGGUAACAAAGGGGGUAACAAGGGGUAACAGGGGUAACAAGGGUAACAGGGGCAACAGGGUAACAACAAAGGGUAACAAAGGGUAACAAGGGGUAAACAAGGGUAACAAGGGUAACAAAGGGUAACAAAGGGGUAACAAGGGGUAACAGGGGUAACAAAGGGUAACAAGGGGUAACAGGGGUAACAAGGGUAACAAAGGGGUAACAGGGGUAACAAGGGUAACAAAGGGUAACAAGGGUAACAGGGCAAAAAGGGUAAAGGGGUAACAAGGGGUAACAAGGGGUAACAGGGGUAACAAGGGUAACAAAGGGUAACAAGGGGUAACAAGGGGUAACAAGGGUAACAAGGGGUUACAAGGGGUAACAAGGAGUAACAGGGGUAACAAGGGGUAACAAGGGGUAACAGGGGUAAGAAGAGGUAACAGGGGUAACAAGGGGUAACAAGGGGUAACAAAGGGUAACAAGGGGCAACAGGGGUAAGAAGGGUAACAAGGGGUAAGAGGGGUAACAAGAGGUAAGAAGGGGUAACAAGGGUAACAAGGGGUAAUAUGGGUAACAAGGGGUAACAAGGGGUAACAAAGGGGAACAAGGGGUAAGCAGGGUAACAAGGGGUAAGAGGGGUAACAAGGGGUAACAGGGGUAACAAGGGUUAACAAGGGGUAACAAGAGGUAACAAGGGGUAACAAAGUGUAACAAGAGGUAACAAAGGGUAACAAGGGGUAAAAGGGGCAACAUGGGUAACAAGGGGUAAGAAGGGUAACAAGGGGUACCAGGGGUAACAAGGGGUAACAAGGGUAACAAGGGGUAAUGGAGUAACAGGGGUAAAGGGCGGUAACAGGGGUAACAAGGGGUAGCAGGGGUAACAAGGGUAACAAGGGGUAACAGGGGUAACAAGGGGUAACAAAGGAUAACAGGGGUAACAAGGGGUAACAGGGGUAACAAGGGUAACAAGGGGUAACAGGGGUAACAAAGGGUAACAGGGGUAAUAAAGAGUAAGAAGGGGUAACAGGGGUAACAAGGGGUAACAAAGGUAACAAAGGGUGACAGGGGUAACAAGGGGUAACAGGGGUAACAAGGGUAACAAGGGGUAAAAAGGAGUAUCAGCGGUAACAAGAGUAAUAGGGGUAACAAGGGGUAACAACAAGUAACAGGGCUAACAAGGGAUAACAGGGGUAACAAGGGGUAACAGAGGUAACAAAGGGUAACAAGGGUAACAAGGGGUAACAGGGGUAAGAAGGGUAACAAGGGGUAACAGGGGUAACAAAGGUAACAAGGGAUAACAGGGGUAAGAAGGGGCAAGAAGGGUAACAAAGGGUAACAAGGGGUAACAAGAGGAAAUAAAGGGGAACAGGGAUAACAAGGGUAACAAAGGUAACAAGGGGUAAUGGAGGAACAGGGAUAACAAGGGGUAACAGGGGUAAAAAGGGUAACAGGAGUAACAAGGGUAACAAGGCGUAAGAGGGGUAACAAGGGGUAACAAGGGGUAACAAGAGGUAACAAAGGGUAACAAGGGGUAAAAGGGGCAACAAGGGUAACAAAGGGCAACAACGGGUAAGAGGGGUAACAAGGGGUAAGAAAGGGUAACAAGGGGUAACAAGAGGUAACAACAGUAACAAGGGGCACGAGGGGUAACAAGGGGUAAAAGAAGGAACAAGGGUAACAAGGGGUAACAAGGGGUAACAGGGGUAACAGGGUAACAAGAGUAACAAGGGGUAAUGGGGGUAAGAAGAGGUAAUAACGGGUAACAAAGGGAACAAAGGGUAACAUGGGUAACAAGAGGUAACAUGGGGUAACAAAGAGGAACAAGGGGUAACAAGGGGUAACAAGGGUAACAAGGAUAACAAGGGGUAAUAGGGGUAACAAGGGGUAACAGGGGUAACAAGAGGCAACAACGGGUAACAAGGGUAACAAAGGGUAACAAGUUAAGGGGUAACAGGGGUAACAAAGAGGAACAAGGGGAAACAAGGGGUAAAAGGGGUAACAAGGGGUAACAAGUGGUAAAUGGGUAAAAUGGGUAAUGAGGGGUAACAAGGGGUAACAAGGGGUAACAGAGGUAACAAAGGGUAAGAAUGGGUAGCAGGGGUAACCAGGUGUAAUAAUUGGUAACAAGGAGUAACAAGGGGUAACAGGGUCAAUAUGGGUGAAGAAGGUGUAGCAGAGGUAACAAGGGGUAACAUAGGUUACAACGGAAAGUAAGGGUUAAAAAGGCUAACAACGGGAAGUGGGGUACUAAGGGGUAAGAGGGUUAACAAAAGGUAACAAGGGGUAACAACGCGUAAGAAGGGGUAACAGGUGUAACAUGAGGGAACAAAGGGGAACAAGGGGGAACAAGGGGUAACACUGGUAUCAAGGGGGAACAGGUAUAACAAGUGGUAACAAGGAGGAACAAGGGGUAACAGGGGUAAGAGGGAGUAAGAAGGGGUAACAUGGGUAACAAGGGGAACAGGGGUAACAAGGGGUAAAAGGGGUAACAAAGGUGUAAAAAGGGGUGACAGGGGUAACAAGACAUGGUGGUCACAAGGGGUAACAAUGGGUAACAAGGGGUAAGAGAGGUAACAAGGGGAACUAGGGGUAACAGGGGUAACAAGGGGGACCAAGGGGUAAAAAGGGGUAACAGGGGUAACAAGUGGUAACAAGGGGGAACAGGGGAAACACAAGGUAAGACAGGCGAACACAUGCGAACACAGUGUAACACAAGGUAACACAGGGAAAGACGAGGUAGGACAUGUAACAUGAGGGAACAAAGGGCAACAAGGGGGAACAAGGGGUAACACGGGUAUCAAGGGGGAACAGGGAUAACAAGUGGUAACAAGGAGGAACAAGGGGUAACAGGGGUAACAGGGAGUAACAAGGGGUAACAUGGGUAACAAGGGGAACAGGGGUAACAAGGGGUAAAAGGGGUAACAAAGGGGUAAAAAGGUGUGACAGGGGUAACAAGACAUGGUGGUCACAAGGGGUAACAAUGGGUAACAGGGGUAACAAGGGGUAAGAGAGGUAACAAGGGGAACAAGGGGUAACAGGGGUAACAAGGGGGACCAAGGG